GCGCAGUCGCGGCGCUCCCUCUCGGUCGCCACGUUCCCUCCGCCGGGCCGGCCCCCCCCACCACCACCUCCAUCACCACCCUCCCGCCGCCGCCUUCUCUCCCAACCUCUCGCCUUCAGUCUUCCCUCCUUUCCCGAGACAACCGGCCCUCGAGCACCACCUCACACACCUUCUCCUCCGGCACCGCGCCGUCUCUCUCUCCCCCCCGGGGAGCCGCCAUGUGGCCUGUCCGCCUGCUGUCCCUGGCCGCCCUGGCCUUGGCCGCCGACAUUCCCGAGGAAGACGAGGUCUUGGUGCUGAGCAAGGACAACUUCGAGGAGGCGCUUCAGAAGUACCAGCAUCUCCUGGUGGAGUUCUAUGCUCCCUGGUGUGGACACUGCAAGGCUCUUGCUCCUGAAUAUGCCAAAGCAGCUGCAAAACUGAAAGAAGAAGGCUCUGAGAUCAGACUUGCAAAAGUGGAUGCCACUGAGGAGUCUGACCUUGCACAGAUGUUUUCAGUACGGGGAUACCCAACCAUUAAGUUUUUUAAAAAUGGUGAUAAGAGCAGCCCUAAGGACUACUCAGCUGGCCGACAGCAUGAAGAUAUCAUGAACUGGCUGAAGAAGCGCAUGGGACCUGCAGCAGACACCAUUACAGAAGCAGAUGCUGCUGAGAAACUCGUGGAGUCAUCAGAAGUGGUUGUCAUUGGGUUUUUCAAGAAUAUGGAAGGUGGCGAUGCCAAAACAUUCCUGCAGGCUGCGGAGACCUUUGAUGAGGUGCCAUUUGGAAUCACUUCAGAAGGAGACCUUUUCAAAAAGUAUGAUGUGAAGAAGGAUGGUGUUGUCCUUUUUAAGAAGUUUGACGAAGGUCGUAAUACAUAUGAUGGUGAAGUUACAAAGGAGAAUAUAAUUGAAUUUAUUAAGAGCAACCAGCUGCCUCUAGUUAUUGAAUUCACUGAGCAGUCUGCACCAAAGAUCUUCGGUGGUGACAUCAAGACCCAUAUGCUGUUGUUCAUCCCCAAGAGCUCCUCGAGCUUUGAGGAAAAUUUGAGCAACUUUAAGAAUGCAGCAGAAAGUUUCAAGGGCAAAAUCCUCUUCAUCUACAUUGAUAGUGAAGUUGAGGACAACCAAAGAGUCCUGGAGUUCUUUGGUUUGAAGAAAGAGGAAUGCCCAGCCAUUCGCCUCAUCACCCUUGAGGAAGAAAUGACCAAAUACAAGCCAGAGAGUGAGGACAUCACUGUAGACAAUGUCAAAAUGUUCUGCAACCAGUUUUUGGAAGGGAAAUUGAAGCCUCAUCUUAUGAGCCAAGAUGUACCUGAAGACUGGGACAAAGAAGCUGUCAAGGUCCUUGUUGGCAAAAACUUUGAGGAAGUUGCCUUUGAUGAAACAAAAGAUGUUUUUAUUGAAUUCUAUGCUCCAUGGUGUGGCCACUGCAAGCAGCUAGCUCCUAUCUGGGAGUCUCUGGGAGAAAAGUACAAAGAUAAUGAUAAAGUAGUUAUUGCGAAGAUGGAUGCCACUGCCAAUGAAAUUGAGUCUGUGAAGAUCCACAGUUUCCCCACGCUCAAAUUCUUCCCUGCCAGCUCUGAGCGAACAAUUAUAGAUUUCAAUGGUGAGAGGACACUUGAAUCUUUUGCCAAAUUCAUAGAAAGUGGAGGCAAGGAUGGAGGCACUGUUGAUGAGGACCUUGAAGAUAUUGAGGAUGAGGAAGAGGAGUUAGAAUCAGAAGAUGAAGAAGCUGAUCAUCUUAAAGAUGAAUUAUAAAAAUAAUUGCAGCCAAAAACACUACUAUUUUGUACAACUCAAACAGUAAACAUGGAAUAUUUAACAUCAAGUUCUGAGUUGAUAAACCAGGGAAUAUACAAACAGUUGUCAAUGCACACAGUGCAGUUGCUAUCAUUUAAUUUAUUAGGGAUCUUCAUCCUUAAUUUUUUUCAAGCCACAAACUGAUAUCUACACUUGGGACUUUUUUUUUUCUUGUUACUGAUUCAUGUAAUGUACUUUUGUACAGGGGUUUUUAAACUUGUUUGUAUUAACAUUGCAUUUGACUGGUGAUGGAAGGUUGUCUCUCACUUUGUGUCUGAGUUGCCUAGGAGAUGAGUGCUGAACUACAGGCCACUGAAUUGGGGUGGGAUGGCGGGGGUGGGGGGGUGGUGUUGGGGAAGAAACAUACAAGCCAUUUUAAAAUCCAUCAACUGCAGUAUUGUUAAAAGGAUGUGGCUUCUAGUUCUGCAUUUCAAGGACUCCUCUCCUUUAAUGUAAGCCUUUUUGAAGUUUGAAUCUGGAUCCAAGGUGAUUAACACUUUUUUGCUAAAGGGGUGGGGUGGGGUGGAAUACCAUGCAACAGUUGAAGGGUGGGUGACAAGCUUCAUAUGUGAAUUGUGCGAUUCUCUUUUGAGCAUUCCAAGCUGUUUAACCAGAAGCAAAAGAUUUGAUGGCCAGGAUGAAAUUUAAAAGAAUUAAAUUCCUUUUCUCCA